AUGGAUCUCCACAUGAAACUUCUCCUGGCCUCCCUCAGCUGUGUUCUUCUGAUGCAAGCAGCAUCAUGUGAUGGUAGCACAGGCGAAACUGAAACGACAAACUGGACAUGUGUAUGCGCAGCUCAUCCGCUAGGUGGACCAAACUCUAACAGCAGCCUGUUGUCCAAUUGUUCUUCAUCCUGCCAUUGCCAACGAGAUGAAAAUGGCAGCACAGGGUCAUGGAACUGUACAUGUGCGUCUGAUAAGGACCUUCAGAAAGAAGAACAUGCUGUGCUACGUGCCAGGAGUUGCUUCACUUCCUGUAACUGCACAUCUGGAAGUUCAGAGGAGGGGAAAAGGCAUGUCUCCAGCAAAACAGUCAUGAUUACGCUCCUAGUUUGUGUGAUUCUCACCACUACUGCUUUCCUUGUCACCACUGUAUACUACUUCCGCCGCAAGGAUGCUCUCUCUCCACGAUCGCAGAUAUACUCCUUCGAUAAAUACACUAGCUGGAGCAGCAGAUCAAACCUCGUCAGCAAUCGAUCGUCUCCACUUCCCCAAAUGAAACCAAAACCGAGGCUUGGUGUUUUAAAAGAAUUUCUGUGUAGGUGCAAUCUCAUCUGUGGGGGCGAAAGCGGCACAUUCCCUGGUGUCAUCAUUCGGUUUUCAUACGCAGAGUUGGAGCAAGCAACCGGGAAAUUCUCAGACGAGCAUCUUAUUGGAGUUGGCGGAUCGAGCAAGGUGUACCGAGGCCAGCUUGGCGACGGCAAAGUUGUUGCCGUGAAGAAGCUUAGGCCCCUAGGAGGUGCAGACGAAGACUUUGAGUUUCUGUCAGAGAUCGAGCUGCUGUCGAGGCUGAACCACUGCCACGUGGUGCCAUUGCUGGGGUACUGCUCGGAGAGCCAGGGCCGGCAGCUGGAGCGGCUGCUGGUGUUCGAGUGCAUGUCCAACGGCAACCUGAGGGACUGCCUGGACCUGAAGCAAGGGAGGAAGCCCAUGGACUGGCAGACCCGGGUGAGCAUCGCGCUCGGCGCCGCAAGAGGGCUGGAGUACCUGCACGAGGCGGCUGCGCCGCGUAUCCUCCACCGCGACAUCAAGUCCACCAACAUCCUCCUGGAUGACAAGUUCAGAGCCAAGAUCACUGACCUUGGCAUGGCCAAGUGCCUGAUGAACGACGGCGUGACGAGCUGCAGCAGCUCCCCGGCACGGAUGCUGGGCACGUUCGGGUACUUCGCGCCGGAGUACGCCAUCGUGGGCAAGGCGUCUCUCAAGUCGGACGUGUUCAGCUUCGGCGUCGUCGUGCUGGAGCUCAUCACCGGCCGGCAGCCCAUCCACAAGUCGUCAUCGACGAGGGCCGACGAGAGCCUCGUCAUCUGGGCGACGUCGCGGCUGCGGGACAGCAGGCUGGUGGUGACGGAGCUGCCGGACCCGACGCUGCAGGGCAAGUUCCCGGCGGAGGAGAUGCAGAUCAUGGCGCACCUGGCGCGGGAGUGCCUGCAGUGGGACCCCGAGGCCAGGCCCACCAUGACGGAGGUCGUCCACAUCCUCGCCACCAUCGCGCCACUCCAGCAGGGCGCCAAGCGCCGGAACCUCCCCAUCGCCGCCGCCUUCAACCUCACGCCGUCGCCGCACGUCGGGAGGUGUGACCCGGAGCCUAAGGACGACGAUGACAUCGAGAGGCAGCUGCAGCAGCAGGAGUGCUCGCCGACGACGACCGUCCAGUGGCAACAGCAAACGCGCCGCGCGCCGACGUCGUCACCGGGCCGCGCGUCGUGGCCCGGCGACAGGGUGAACGUUGUGGGCAGAGGCGCGGUGGUGUCGGGCGAGCUGGUGAACGGGACGCUGCUUAUGAGCCCCCACGGGAGGGGCAGCUGGCGGCCACCGUCACCGCCGCCGCCGCCUGGCGACGAGGAGGCGGUGGACGUGGACCUGACGGAGCCCCGGAUGGAGGCGUUCAUGCAGCCGGCGGCGUUCAGAUGA